AUUGAGGCAAUAGUGCCCACACAUCAUUACGCGACGUACAAUUUCAUUGACGAUGAUCAUCAAGGGUGAGUACCGUUUGAAGUACCUGGCGGUCAGCCACCGCUGGGAGGAUUCAGUGCAUCCUGAUUGCGAUGACGUGCAACUCCAGCAACUGCAAGCGUACCUGCAGGAACACCCCAACAUCGAGUACGUGUUCUAUGAUUACCUAUGCCUUCCUCAGGGUGGCAGGGCGUACAGGACCCCUGAAGAGAACUUGGAGUUCUACUCCAUGCUCUCCAACAUGGCGUUGCUGUACUUAGGCGCCGAUGUGCUGAUAUUGCAGGAUACGGAAUACAACGUGCGUUUCUGGACUCGUUUCGAGGCGUGGCUCUCCAUGGCGAUGGCUUCCCCUGAGGGGUUGAAGCGGGCUCCAGAGCGCGAGACGCGCUGCUCCAUCAAGCGCAUUCAUGGCACUGGCUUGCACAUCGAGGAGGAGCUCAAGAAUGAAUACGCGACAGGAACGGCACCGGAGGCGCUCGAAAUUCUACAGGGCGAGAAGAUCAAGAUCACCAACCAGGGCGACAAAGGCGUGCAGCUCGCUAAGGCCACAGAGAUCGACGCACUGUCGCGGCGCUGCGCGAAGGGCCUGUUGAAUGAGCUAUGAGCGGCAUUCCGUCCAUGAGGUCGCUUUCGGUUUUGAUAGCCUGAAGCAAAGCCAGGUCUCUGGGCAGCUGGACUGCGGCCUGCAGGAUGGAUGACAUGGGCGAGCUCCAGCGUGGCCCGCUGUUGGUCCAUCAUCAUCAUCAUCAUCAUCAUCAUCAUCA